AUGGGCUCCAAAAGCGGCGGCAACAACUUCCCCGGCGUCGCCCGCCCCUUCGGCAUGGUCAAACUAGGCCCAGACCUCUACGACGCCAAAUCCGACGCCUACUCCGGCUACCUCUCCACCGGCAACUUCUCGGGCUUCAGCCUGAUGCAUGAACAGGGGACCGGCGGCGCCCCUAAAUACGGGACCGUCGCGCAGCUUCCGCUCGUCAGGAAGAGCAUCAAGGAUCUUUUGUCGAAUUUGACUGUUGGCCGGUCUGGUGAUGAUCAGGCUGAGUUGGGGUAUUAUAAGGCGAAGACGGGUGAGGGGGUUAGUGUGGAGCUUGGGGCUUCGGAGCAUGCGGGAAUUUAUCGGUAUGGUUUUCCUGAGGGGAGUAGUCAGGGGAAUCAUGUGCUUGUUGAUGUGUCGCAUGUUUUGCCGUCGUUUCGGGGACAGGGGCUUGGGCAGGGUUAUAAGGGUGGGAAUAUUAGUGUUUUUGCGGAUGGUCAUUAUGAGGGCUCGGGGGUUUAUGAUAAUGGGUGGAAUAUUUCGCCGGAUUGGACGAUUUAUUUCUGUGGUUACUUCGAUACAACGAUCACCAGAAACAAGACCUACGUUGGAACAGAUGAGGAUGGCAGCGUCGAGCAACCCAGCGGAACUGCAUCGUCAACAUCUACAUCUAAGCGUGUCGGUGCUGUGUUCUCCUUUGACAAAUCCGAAGUGACCUCGCGAGUAGGUAUCUCCUGGAUCUCAACCGCCAAAGCCUGUCGCAACGUGCAAGACGAAAUCCCAGCAAAAACAAACCUCGACACAGUCGUACAAAACACAAAGUCCGAAUGGAACACCAAAGUGCUGAACAAAAUCACCACGACAAACACAAACGACACGAGUCUGCAGCUGCUCUACACAUCGUUGUACUUCAUGCACUUGAUUCCAACGAACCAAACAGGCGAGAAUCCCAAUUGGACUUCUAACGAGCCAUACUAUCAAGAUAUCUUUACCUUCUGGGACCUCUUCCGCUGCACAACCUCCCUCCUCCAAAUCCUUCAACCAACCGCCUAUGAAGAACAAAUCCGCUCUCUAAUCGACAUCUACCGCUACGAAGGCUACCUCCCUGACGCCCGAUCUUCAAACUAUAACGGCCGCACGCAGGGUGGCUCUAAUGCAGACAAUAUCCUCGCUGACGCUUAUGUGAAAGGUGUCCGUGGUGCGGUUAACUGGGAAGACGGGUACAAGGCUAUGCUGAAAGAUGCGGAGGUCACGCCGGCAAACGAACCGGUUGAUUCUAUGGCGCCUGAUUCGUCGACGAAAGAGGGACGAGGGGCGUUGCCAGAUUGGAAGGCGUUGGGGUAUAUUACUCCCAAGUACAGUCGGGCUGUUACGCGUGCGGUAGAGUACUCGUGCAACGACUUUGGAUUGCAUCAGGUUGCUUCUGGGUUGGGUAAAGCUGACGACGCAGAGAAGUAUUUGAAUCGGUCGAGGAAUUGGCGGAAUCAUUUCAACUCUAACCAAACCUCGUUGGGGUUCAAGGGAUUCGUGGUCCCCCGCAACUCCUCUGGAUUCAUCGAGACAGAUCCUCUCAAUGACAGCGGUUACUGGGGAGACCCGUACUACGAGGCGAGCUCGUGGGCAUACACCUGGGCCGCAGUGCAUGACAUGAAACACAUUAUCGAGCUAAUGGGCGGACGCCAAACCGUCCUCAACAGGCUAGACACCAUGUUCACACCGGGUGCCGAUGGCUCUGACUCGGGGAUGAUUUUCGAUCCUACUAAUGAACCAAUGUUCAACAUCCCCUACCUCUACCAUUACAUCUCCCGCCCGGACCUCUCAACCCAGCGCUCCCGCCGCAUCGCCAAAGAAAAAUACUCAACCGGCAAAUCCGGCCUCCCCGGAAACUCCGACGCCGGCGCCAUGCAAUCCUGGCUCCUCUGGAACAUGAUCGGUCUGUACCCGAUAACGGGCCAGACGACGUUCCUGAUCCAUGCGCCGUGGUUCGAGUCGUUGACUGUUGAUUUGGGGGGUGGGAAGACGUUGGAGGUUACUGCGACGGGUGGUGAUAAGGAUGGUGAUGGGGAGAAGGUUUAUGUGCAGGGGCUAAGGGUCAAUGGGGAGAGGUGGAGGAGGAGUUGGGUGGAUUGGAGGGAUGUUUUUGAGAGUGGGGGGAGGUUGGAGUUUGAGUUGGGGAGUAGGGCUGUGAAUUGGACGGAUGGGAGGGUGCCGCCUAGUCCGGCGUCGUGA